AGAUGAUGAUCGUGGUGAGAAGUCGUCGCGGUCAGGGGCGUAGCCAGAGGAAAGAUCCUGAUUUCCCCUCCCCCAACCCCCUCACACUAGACUCUUCCGAAGACACGUGAAGACCCGAGCGCCCACAAUCUCGUUUUUCGACGUCGAAACUUUUCCUCUUCGUCGGCUCCGCAGGGCGAACGAAGGACAUAGUGAUUAUUCUCUCCAUUCCCUCCUUCCUCUACGUUCCCGCUUUUUUUUUUACGACCGCCGAUCGGCAACUACUUCUUUUUUUUUUUUGUUUGUUUGUUUGCGCGCAAUUCACAGCCUCUAUGUAACGUGCGAAUUGUUUUUUUUCUUUCUUUUUGUUUCGUUUCUUCCCCGCGCCGUCGCUGCCGCUUAUAUAAAGAGCGCGCGCGCCGCCCGGAGCACAACGACUCCAGCGCAGAUAUCCUUCCGCCACCCCGACCAGCCGGCAGGGAGAAGACGCGACCUCCACCAGAAGACCUCCCCGGCUCCCCGUGCGAGAACAUGAAGACCUGCGUGGCUCUCGCGCUGUGGCUGGCGGCGCUGGCGACCACCGCCCGCGCGGAAUCCGUCAAGCUCCCCUCGUACUUGAAGCAGUGCUCCAGGAGCGAUCCCGACUUCAACGGCUGUGUGCUGAGGAAUGGAAUUGCUGCUAUUCCGUCCCUUGUUCACGGCGAGCCGAAGCUGAAGGUGCCGAUGCUGGACCCCCUGAAGGUGGAGCACGUCAGGCUGGAGCAAGGCGACGGGCCCGUGGGCAUCACCCUGGACCUCACCGACGCCCUGGUCUACGGCCUCAAGAACACCGAGCUCAAGGCCGCCAACUUCGACCUGAAGAAUAAGGAGCUGUCUGUGGACAUCGCGGUCAAGGACACCGAUCUACAGAUCAUCUCCAAGUACGGCAUCAAAGGGAAGGUGUUGGUGCUGCCCAUCAACGGCGAAGGCGACCUGAACCUUACGUUGAAGAACUUUGUCGGGACUUACAAGACCAAGUAUGAUCUCUACAAGAAGGACGACGGAUUGGAGUACAUUAAGCUCACCGACAACGAAUUCAACUUUGAUGUCAGCCAGGUUUUUUUCCACUUCGAAAAUUUGUUCAAUGGCGACAAGGCUCUAGGCGACAACAUGAACGUGUUCCUGAACGAGAACUGGCAGGAGGUGUUGAAAGAGAUCAAGCCCGUGGUGACGGAGGUUGUGCGGUCCAUCAUCAGCAAGAUCCUCACCCAGAUCGCCGAGCGAGUGUCCUACGACAACUUGUUCCCCAAUUGACCAAGCGACUCUGGCGCAUUCCCGACUUCCAACCUCCCCCCCCUACUCCCCCACCCUUAACGGUCCGCGCGAGCUGCUCCUCGCUAGUUCCUAGCUGAAUCACGAAUCGUGCACAUGGUGACCCGCAAUAAAUUCUGUUGUGUUUAAAUACAAA